CAGAACCAGACAGUGACUGUGCUGCAGGCUCAGGAGUACCAUGCUGCCCCGCUCUGCAUUCAGUGUGUGUCAUGUGUUUGUGUUGGUGCUGUGUCUGUCUUCGGCUGAGGACUUCGACUGGACAAAGAACGACCACAGCUCCUUCUAUUAUGGCACUUUUCCAAGUGGAUUUUCGUGGGGUGCCGGCAGUUCAGCCUAUCAAACAGAAGGAGCCUGGGACAAAGAUGGAAAAGGACUGAGCAUCUGGGAUGUGUUCACUCAUAAGAAAGGCAAAAUUCAACAAAAUGAUACCGGGGACUCCUCUUGUGAGGGCUAUCACAAAGUCAAGGAUGAUGUUGGUCUGAUGAAGGAGCUGAAGCUGAACCACUAUCGUUUCUCCAUAUCCUGGCCCAGACUCAUCCCCACUGGAAUAAAGUCGGACCAUGUAAAUGAGAAAGGAAUACAGUACUACGAUGAACUGAUUGACCAUCUGUUGGACAACAAGAUCACCCCUGUCGUCACUUUGUAUCACUGGGAUCUUCCACAGGUCCUGCAAGAGAAAUAUGGUGGAUGGCAGAACAUAAGCAUGGUCAACCAUUUCAAUGAAUUUGCCAACUUGUGCUUUGAAAAAUUUGGCAACAGAGUCAAGUACUGGAUGACGUUCAACAAUCCAUGGUCUGUAGCAGUUGAAGGCUAUGAGACUGGUGAGCAUGCUCCUGGACUGAAGCUGAGAGGAACGGGAGCAUACAGAGCCGCCCAUCACAUCAUCAAGGCCCAUGCUAAAGUUUGGCACACCUAUGAUACACAGUGGAGGGCGAAACAAAAAGGUCUGGUUGGCAUCUCUUUGUCUGGAGACUGGGGAGAGCCAGUGGACCUCAGCAACCAGAAAGAUAUUGAAGCAGCUGAGAGAUACGUCCAGUUCUACCUGGGCUGGUUUGCCACACCCAUCUUUCAUGGAGACUACCCUCAAGUGAUGAAAGAUUUCAUUGGAAGGAAGAGCGUCCAGCAGGGCCUCGGGACGUCUCGCCUGCCUACAUUUUCCCCCCAAGAGAAGAGCUACAUCAAAGGGACCAGCGACUUCCUCGGCAUUGGCCAUUUCACCACCCGCUACAUCACCCAGAAGAACUACCCAUCAGGCCGUAGCAGCAGCAGCUACUUCACUGACCGUGACCUGGCCGAGCUGGUCGACCCACGGUGGCCUGACCCCGGCUCUGAGUGGCUCUACUCCGUGCCCUGGGGUUUCAGACGUCUGCUCAAUUUUGUCAAGACUCAGUAUGGAAACCCAAUGAUUUAUGUGACCGAGAACGGAGUCUCUGAGAAGAUGCUGUGCACAGAGCUGUGUGACGACUGGAGGAUACAGUACUAUAAGGACUACAUCAAUGAGAUGCUGAAAGCUAUCAAAGAUGGAGUCAAUGUGAAGGGCUACACCGCGUGGUCCCUGCUGGACAAGUUUGAGUGGGAUGAAGGCUACUCCGAGAGGUUCGGCUUGUACUACGUGGACUUCAGGAACAAAAACAAGCCUCGCUAUCCCAAAGCCUCUGUUCAGUUUUACAAACGCAUCAUCAGCUCCAAUGGAUUUCCCAAUCAGAGAGAGGUUGAGAACUGGAGGAGGAAGGCUGUGGAGACCUGUUCCUCUAGCAACCAGCUCCUCGCUGCAGAGGAACAGCGGAGUACUGCUGCCAAUAUUCUAAGACUUAUACAUGACCCGUUGACCAGCCACAUGGAGAUGGUAACAGAGAUCGUUGUUCCCACUGUGUGCACGCUCUCGAUUUUGCUCAGUGCUGUCUUCCUUAUGUUCCUGCUGCGGAGGCGGAACUAGACAGUGUGCAUGUUUACAACCACAAACAUCAACGCACACAUACACACACAUAAGCUAAACGCACCCACUCAUAUUGUAAGCGCAUCAUUUCUUGGAUCAUGUGUGAGCGUAUUUGAAUUUCAAGAUAAUUAGUGACUUCAUUCAUUUGAGGUGCAUACAGUGUUUGCUGUAAAAGCAUUGGUUUGGCCUUUUAUAAUGACUUUAGUACCACACACUCAAAAAGUGUGGAUAGCCCUGCAACAUAUUGAUUUUCUCAUACUGCUGUGUAAAAUUACUAUUGCAAAUGGCCCUUGUGAUCUAUUGUACUUUGUGUUUUGAGUUUUUUCAGCAAAAUCUCUUUCUGCUGCUAUACUGAACUUAAGAAAUUGUGAUAAUAAUAAAGAUGCAAUUAGAA